AUUUUAAAAUUUCUAUUAGUAAAUGGUAUCCUGCAAAGGAAGGUUGGAAAGUUAUAGUUAAAGAUCCUUUAAUGUUUGCAAGGUAUCUUCGUAUAGAUUUUUUAUCCCACUACGGACGUCAAUAUUAUUGUCCCGUAAGUUCUCUUCGCGUUUAUGGUUCGGAUGAAUACGAAAAGUGGAAAAGAGAACAAGAAGAGAUUGAAAAUCAAAUACUUAAAAGCACUCAAAAAACUCAAGAAAUUAUAUCACCAUCUAAAACAUCUCAUGAUACGGAUGUUGGCGAAUCAAAUUUAAAUGAUGAUAAUUCUAGUCUCUUAAUGUCUGCUUCACCUAUUCCUAAUGCAAAAAAGGAUUUGGUAAAAGAGUUACCUGAACAGUUGAAAAACCCUUCAGGAUUAAAGGAGAAUUCAUCCAAUUUACGAAGCAAAGAUAAAAUUAAUACCGAUAAAAAUCUUGUACCCUUAAUUGUUGAAAUAUGCCCAGUAAAAGAUAUAUAUGAGUUGUUUCAAUACAAAUCAU